AAAGAAUUUAGGCACAAAGCCUCUGUCGAUAGACCAUACGCUAAGAAGACUUAUAAGUGCUAUCACUCACUGAAGCUGACCACUCAGCCUGCCACGUUGGCUAGGAAGAAGUUUCGGUUCCCUCCGGGCGCUACACAUAUUCCCAGCUUUCCAACCAACAUCAGAUCUCUCAAUCCCACACCAACACCAACACCACCUCUCAUCCAAACUCGAAACACCAAAACACCAAGACGCGAAACAUCAUGACAACUCCCUGCAGAAAAUUCUCAGAAUGAGGCCUUUAUCCGCAACUUACGCAAGGCGCCCACGCCUCGUGUAUGAUACAUUCUCUUUAUGAUUGGCUUGUCAUAAGAGCCCAUUGUCACUAAGGAAGCAACUUAUGAAACUGCGCCUGUUUCAUGAGGGAGAAGAAAAACGAUUUAUCUCUCCGAGAGUCCAAGAGACGGUCCCCUGCCGUCCUAGUUCGUCACACGGAGAUAAAUCCCAAAAAGGGAGGAGUGUCAGGAGACAUUCUUUGAGAUCUUUUCGACCACACGUUAAAGAUUUUUGCCCUGUUCAAGAUCUACAGCUGCCCCCUGACUUGGAGGCGAUCGUUCAGGGGGUUGCUCAAGAUGGCAGGCCUCCAGAAUGCCCAGCCUGCAAUGACAAUGGAUCCAGUCGGACCUCCGAUACUAUUAUCUAGUCGCACCAAGGUCCAAGGUCAAGGCCAAGCUACUCAUGGUAGCUGCGAACUUAUACCUAGCGGUAUCUCGAUGUGCAGCAUAAAUCUUUGCGAAAUUCCUCUCUGUGGCCGUCAAAUCUCACUAUCCUCAAUUUUUCUUGUCUUGGCAAGAAUGUGACAACUGACUGGUUCUGGACUUUCAAGCCACUAAUCCAUUUCAACACGAUCGCUUGGCCAUACCCCUGUCGCUCAGCCUUAUAUCCCUGUCAUCGCCCCCUGAUUGGCAUCGGAACCCCGCUAUCAAGAGCUAGGUUUCUCGUAAUAAUGGCUGGCCCAGCACGACGGACUGCCACUGCAGGGGAUGACACGGAUGUCCGAACAAUGCAUUGACUCGACAAUGAGCUCGGAUCACUGAGGCAAAUCAUCAGAUGGAUGUCGAAUUAUUAUGUGAAUCUUCCUGUCGAGCCUUCCAACAUGUUAGAACCCAAGGGGUAUUUCCAAGGUGAAAUGUAUUCCAGGACAUGAACAGAAGCCUUCUGUGCUAUUUUCCGUAGCAUGACGUUGAGAGCAGGGUUGUUCAAAGUCCCCAGUCUGGCCAUCGUCCUUCCCGAGCACUUGGUUCGACAGGGCCUGAUUGGUGGUCGCACAACUGGAGUCCCUUGCGCCCCAACCACAUAUUCUUUUCAGUCAUCACUUCACCGACUAAGCUCCCUUGCCACAAUGGAGUAUGUAUGGGCGGCCUACGCUAAGCUGACGGCAUUGAACCCGUUUACAAACGACAAAUCAUUGAGUGGCUCAUCAUUCUUGUAGAAGGCGCUUGAACAAACCGUACAGGGGCCUCGCAGCUGAACAAGGGCGACGGCAAUAGAUCCGUUGUCGUCUUCCAUACAGAUCCCUCUUUCAGGCAGGACAGAUUCCCUGCAAACACACGAAUCGCUAGUCAGGGGCAAACCUCGUCUUUUCCUCUGGGGUAUGCAUGGGUCCAGUCCACUCACACUUUCCUUUCGUGACCAGAUGAGUUUUGAAACAUUGUCGUCAGCCUAUCAUGCAUCGCUUGCUGCAAAUCGUCUCUUAGUCCUCCGGGCCUAACCCCUCCGCCUUGCUUCGAAACGAGACUCAGCAAUUGCAUUGAAGAAACCUGAGUGGCUAUGCAUGUUUACUAGCAGUUGACUCUUCCCUGGCUACACGGAGAAAAGGUCCACUAUGAUCGCCUCUGAGUCGCAUGCAGCCGCGUCCGUUCGCAGGUGUUUCUCCCGCUCACGGAAUCCCCUUGCCUCUAUGUCUGCCCUCAGAACACUGGUGGCCAGUCCAUCGAGCAAGCUCAAGUCCAUAUAAGACGCCGUUUCCUCCCCCGUGUUACCAUUCUUCUUCACCAACGACUUCAAAAGUCUCCAGCCAGUCCUUCAAAGUGAGAUUGUCUCAACGACAUUUCCAUUCCUUCUUCUUUCUUUCCAAAGGCUAGUCCUUUCU